AUGCGAGAAUCUCUAAUCGAAAACGUAGUUGCGGCUACGGGCGAGACAAGCCAGCCAAAGAAUUUACUGCUUGAUGCUAAUGGUGUUCUCAAAGUUUCAGAUUUUGGAUUGAGUGCGCUACCACAACAAGUUCAAGAAGAUGGGUUACUUCAUACAACAUGUGGUACGCUAAAUUAUGUUGCUCAAGAGGUGAUCAACAAUAAAGGCUAUGAUAGAGCAAAGGCAGAUUUGUGGUCAUGUGGUGUGAUUCUUUUUGUCUUGAUGGCUGGAUAUUUACCUUUUAAUGAAUCCAACCUCAUGGCAUUAUAUAAAAAGCUGGUCAAUGAAGUGGCGAACGUCAAUGAACUUGUUACGGAUGAAGAUGACAUAGGUAGUUAA